GCUGCAUGUAUAGUAUUGUUUUAAUAACACACGCAGCUAAGCGGCUACUGUGUCGUUACGGUGACAUGGCGACUUGCAAGAGGAAGCUGUUGUCAAAGACUAAUGAUGAUAAACAGAUUACAAAGCGACCACAGAGACUUCCAACCUCCACAGAUCACGAAGAGAUCCACAGUCUGUACUUUCCUAUUCAAACUACAAAUGAAGCCAGACUGAAAUUCGACUUCUUUAACCAACCAUGUGUUGAUUUAGCCAGAGCGUUUUUAGGCAAGGUGCUGGUGUGCAGGCACUCUGAUGGCACGGAGCUAAGAGGCAUGGUGGUCGAGACAGAAGCCUAUUUGGGAGGAGAGGACAAGGCAUCACACUCGGCCGGUGGCAAACGCACAGAGAGAAAUGCUGCCAUGUUCAUGAAGCCUGGGACAAUCUAUGUGUACCACAUAUAUGGGAUCUACCUGUGCAUGAAUGUCUCCAGCCAGGGGGAGGGAGCAGCAGUGCUCUUACGUGCCCUGGAGCCCCUUCAAGGGCAGGAUGUGAUGAGAAGCCUGCGGGCAGCAAAACGUAAAGAGGGUGCAAGGACGAUAAAGGACAGAGAACUGUGUAACGGCCCCUCUAAGCUGUGCCAGGCCCUGAAUAUUCAGCGCAGCUUCGACCGCAGAGACCUAGCCACAGACGAUGACGUGUGGCUAGAGGCAAACACACAGGAGGGAAAACCAGGGACCAGAGAUGUAGUUUCAGCCCCUAGGAUUGGGGUCGAGUCCCAUGGAGAAUGGGCCACCAAACCACUUCGUUUUUACCUGCGCGGUCACCCUUGUGUUAGUUUGAGGGACAAAGAGGCUGAGGUCAAGCAGUGAGCAGCUACUACGUCUCACAAACUGAUAGGACAGAUAAAGUGUAGCUUAAAGUUUCAAGAACUCAUUGCUCAUUUAAAAGCUGAAGAGUUGGGUUAUGUAAUAAACAUCUGUAUUUUCCUGACUAAUGAUUUCAAAUGUGUAGAAAGAUUUGAUUAGCUUAAAAUUGAUAGGAUAUUAAAUGAUAUGAAAAAUUCAAAUAUGAUGUUGAUAUAGACUACAUGGGCAAAAGUCCCAAUUGGCAGAGCGCCAAUGCUCCACUGUCUCAGUAACACUGAGUUUUCAGCACAAAAACUGCACCAGGGAGCUUUAUGGCAUGGAUUUUUAGCCGAGCAGCUGCGUGCAAGCCUUACAUCAUUAAGCACAAUGCCAAGCAUCGUAUUGGUGUAAAGCAGGUCGCCACUGGACUCUAGAGCAGUGGAAACUUUUGUGUGACAAAUCAUGCUUCUUUAUCACUCAGUUUGAUGGAUGAGUCUGGGUUUGCCGAAUGCCAAAAAAUGUUACCUGUCUGACUGCAUCAUGCCAACUGUAAAGUUUGGUGGAGAGGGGAUAAUGCUAUGGGUUUGUUUUUCAGGGGCUGGCCUAGACCCCUUAAUUCCAUUAAAGGGAAGUCUUACUGUUUCAGCAUACCAAGACAUUUUGGACAAUUGUUUGCUCCCAACUUAGUGGGAACAGUUUGGGGAAGGCCUUUUUCUGUUCCAGCAUGACUGCCCCAGUGCACAAAGCAAGGUCCAUGAAGGCAUGGUAAGAACUUCGAACACCAUUGGAAUGAACUACAGCGGAUAUCGCAAACCAGGCCCUCGCCAACAUCAGUGUCUUGGCCUCACAUGGUUUUCUGAAUGAAUGGGCAAGCAUUCGCACUAGGGAUGUAACGGUGCACCGGAAAACAGUUACAAAUCGGUGCGCAUGUGCCGCGAUUUGAAUCGGUUCAUCAUUUAAGAUGAAUCGAUAUUCUUUUUAAACAGCAGAGGGCGCUGGCGCUAUAUAUUUUAUUACAGAAUAAGGGAAAUGUGUAGCAUUUAUUUUGCAUAGUUUGCACAUAUCUAAUAAAUAAAAGGACAUUCAUUAUUUAGAUAUAUUAUUUAAAUAUAAGCACAAAUACAGUAUUUUAUUUUAAAUAGAAGUAAUAAAUUUGUCUUCAAUUUCAUUUAGUUUAAAAAAAUCAGGGAAAAAUCGUAUCGUGAAUCGUAUCGCAUCGUGGGUAGAGUGUAUCGUUACAUCCCUAAUUCGCACAGAAACACACCAAAAAUUUGUAGAAAGCUUUCCCAGAAGUAUUAACUGUUAUAGCUGCAAAAGGGGACCAACUCUACUGUAUAUUAAUGCCUAUGUAUUUCAGAAUGUGAUAAUAAAAGCUCCUGUGUGUGUAAUUAG